CGAUUUUUAAAGUUGCGCGCGCAAGCGUCGAAGAAGAUCCGUCCGGAUGCGAUGACAGCUAGCGGAUGACAGCUAUCGACGGGACUGCCGCGAGGCGACAGCAAAAAUUCACGAAGACGCAACUGUCUUCACGUUGUCGAUCAACAUUUAACAUUGAACACGAGGCUUUAUUCGGCCUCAUGGAGGGGAGAGGCAGCAAGUGGAACAUCUGCGCGAGCGAGUCACUGUGAAUCAGCUGUUGGCUUUGCGAUAGUUCAGUCACUCAGCACACUUUUGAAUUGAAGUUUCGCUGAUCACCAUGGCGGCAAACAAAACCGUCGUCGUCCUCACGCCGAACGGCCGCCGGCAGAAUGUGCGAGUUACAGUUAAUACAACAAUCCUGCAGAUUCUGGAGGAGGUGUGCCAGAAGCAGGGCUUUAACGCCGACGAGUAUGACAUCAAACACAAUCGUCAGGUGUUAGAUCCUAACACAAUAUUCCGCUUCACUGGUCUGCCGAAUAAUGCUCAGCUGGAGAUGGUGGCCUGCACAAGGACACGUUCCAUGUCGAAUGUCACGAUUGGCAUUCAACCAGAGAACGGGGAAAGAGUAUUGCACGACUUCCCGCCAAAUACAACGCUGGCUCGGGCAUUGACGGAAAUCUAUCCUGAUUCUGACCUCGAGAGAGCUGUCUUGAUUUACAUGCAUCGUGAAGUGUAUGGUAGAGAUAUGUUAGAGAAAACGACGUUAAAGUCGCUAGGCCUGAACAGUGGAAGGGCCAUAUUAAGGUUGAUAUAUCGUGAUCCUGAACAGCUAAAGAUUCAGGCACAUGUAUCUACACUCUUGCUUCCGAAGUCGGUUCCUGCAGAUGUCUCAUCGAACGAUAAAGAUUAUCAAAAAGUGCCAUCCACCUCACACUGUGAGAAAGUGAACAAGACGAUUGACAUGCCAGCGAAAAGUGCAUCAAAAAUGGAAAAUCGGGAGGAAUUGGGUGAGGAGGUAAAGACCGACAACACAAAAGAUGAGAAAGUAAAUACGUUUAGUAAUAAAGAACAAGAAAAAUAUAUAUCUAAGAUAGAAGAAAGUCAUUCCAUUGCCACGUCCAGCCACGAAGAUCGCUACGAGAAAGAUCAGCAUGUCCCGAAGGCAUGCGCCGUCCAAGAAAAUGCGUACGAGAUUAAGUUUUUAGGAGAGAGAAACGCUCUGGUAUUUAAUCAGGCUGGUACUCAAGCAUUGCCGAAGGAUGAGUUGCCCGACAGCUUCUUCGAUCUUGAUCUACACGACGCGAAGACGCUCUUACGAGAUGUCAAACGUCGUCGAGAGCAGCUUGAGGAGGCUCCGCUUCUGACGGAGGCAAAACGUCAGCUGGAUCGCGACAAACAUUUCCUGAAUCGAUUGAACAAGUACCGUCGCGCCGUGAUUCGCAUACAAUUUCCUGAUCAAUUCGUUCUUCAAGGUUUGUUCGGACCGCUGGAGACCAUCCAAACUGUUAAAGACUUCAUCAAAAACUAUCUGGAUGAUCCAGAUUGCGAAUUCACUAUCUAUACUACCCCGCCGAGGCACAAUUUAAAUCCCAACGCACGACUAAUAGACGAAAAUCUUGUUCCCUCUGCUAUCAUUUAUUAUUCCGGACAAUCGGCGCUGAAGUCAAGCGUAAAAACAAAUCUGACAGAUCCUAGAGUUGCCGGGAUUGAAGCUGUAAAGUCUAGGACCGUUACGACGCGGAAAGAACAAGAUCUAACGACUGAGAGUGAUAGAGGCACAGUUGUAGAGAACGAUCGUAGCACUCCAGGACCAAGUGGUAGCGGCAAAUCAUCAUCAUCAGCUCAGAAUCAAAACAGUAUACCAAAAUGGUUUAAACAGACAUUCAAAUAAUCGAAUACCUAAUGAAUCAUCAAAAGGUGUGUUUCCUUAAAUUUUAAUACAAAUAAUAUACUAUACGGUACUUCUAUGUAUACGCGAGCACGUGUCCGCGCAUACAUGUCGUAUUCCUCUAACAAGUCUUAAUAAAAUAUAUAAAUCUGUACACAAUAAUAAACGUCCGUGUCUCUCAUUAUUAUAAUUGAAAUGUACAAAGCUUUACACGUAAGAGAGAGUCUGAUGCUCAGUUAAAAUUAGUUACAAAAGUGGAAACAAAAUAAUACAAAUAGUAGGAUUCUUACCAUCUAACUUUAUGGCCGCGAUAAUAACAUCUUAACAUCUGUAUAUAUAAUUUGUAUGAAAAACAGUGAUAUAGCCAAGUGAUGAAAAGUACAACUGUGAAAUAUGUAUCAAUGGUACUAACUGUGUGAUAAAGGUGCUUUGAUCGAUAACAUUAAGUAUAUAUUUUAAGUAAUAAAUGUGUAAUAAUUUGAAUAGU